CUAGAUGGCAUGGUAAACCCAUCGAAAACAUUGCCCGACGCCAUUUUGUGAUAUCUUAAGGAAAGAGAGAUCGAAACUGAAGCAUUACUUGUCUUUUUUCUCCAUUUUACAAGGGUAAAAUCAAGUCCUCCAUUUGCCUCAACUUGCACAUGCUGUGUUGAUUGCUUGAAGAAUUUAUUCAUCUUUCUAUAUCAUAUUAGGUUAUACCAGUAGUCAAGAUGGCCGCCGGCCCGUACAACUACAGUUAUAUUUUCAAAUACAUCAUCAUUGGUGACAUGGGUGUUGGCAAAUCCUGCUUGCUCCAUCAGUUCACAGAAAAGAAAUUUAUGGCAGACUGCCCUCAUACAAUAGGAGUGGAGUUUGGAACAAGAAUUAUUGAGGUUGCUGGCCAGAAGAUCAAGCUGCAGAUCUGGGACACGGCUGGGCAGGAGAGGUUCCGAGCAGUCACUCGCAGCUACUACAGGGGGGCGGCCGGGGCACUCAUGGUCUACGACAUCACCAGGAGGAGCACCUACAACCACCUGAGCAGUUGGUUGACGGACGCCAGAAACCUCACCAACCCAAACACAGUUAUUUUCCUGAUCGGCAACAAGUGCGACCUUGAAGCCCAGCGAGACGUUACAUACGAGGAAGCCAAACAGUUUGCAGAAGAAAAUGGCUUGAUGUUUCUUGAGUGCAGUGCUAAAACUGGAGAGAAUGUAGAGGAUGCUUUCUUAGACACAGCAAAGAAAAUCUACCAGAAUAUACAAGAUGGCAGCCUGGACCUGAAUGCGGCUGAGUCCGGAGUACAGCAUAAGCCAGCCACACCACGCAACGCCCUCAAUACGGAUCAGACCCCCAACAAAGAGGGCUGCGCCUGCUAGUUAACAAGCCAGGCUGGCAUCUUAACAAGCAUUGGUUCUGCCUUCAAUUCAGUCAUUCCAGCGCCAACUGUCCACUGCUUGUAUGCAUACAGCAGUACGCACGAUGCAGUGUCGAUAUCAAUAGCUGACAGUUGCCGACAGCGUUCAUCCUCCACGUCAUCAUCACCAUCACAGGAUGUGACCCCAGCAUCAUCAACGUCUUCACACAUCCAAUUGGCUCUUACACCAGUUUGUUCCAGCCAAUCAGAGAUCAUUCAAGUAUUCAAGCUGGGUAAUUUGCUAUGUUCAUAACUGCAAUCUGAUUGGUCAGUACUAGUUUGAAUGGAGCUCAUUUGCCAGCUAUUACAAGUUGAUGUUGUAGCUGAUUGGUCAGUUCUUUGAAUGCUUGCAGCUGAUCGGAUGUGUGAGGACUGAUGUCACUUCUCUUUAUGUUCAUCUAUCUCUUACUGUUGUCAGACAUGGACACAGGUAACCUAAGUCUAUAACAUACACUUGAAGUUUAUACAUCAAUAUCUCACAAAUUAUGAAUUCUAAUUUGAAAGGUGAGAUUGCUUGAGUGAUGGUCAUGAGCAUUUUCAUUUCAGUAACCAUAAUGCUUAUCAUUUGAUUUAUUUAUAUUUUGUUAUAUUCCUGAUGAUUGUUCAAAAUGACAUUAAUUUUUUAAUAUAGCAUGAAAAUCAGUUAUGAAUUUUCUGUGAACCGAAAAUACUGGAGUAUCUACGUUAUUGAAUAAAUAAACCUAAAGGGAAGAUUCCGCUACUCUUCAGUCCAUGCCAAUUGAUAAUUAGUUGGUUUUAUUUAUUUUUCUGAAAGACAGGUCCAGUGUGUUUAUUCUUGGAUUAGCCUAAAACUCAGAACAAACUUAAAUAUCAUGUUUAUCAGUUGAAAUAUAUUGGUAGUACUUUGAAGACCCUGCUCUGGAGAAGUUACAAAUUGUUCAUUACUCUAGGAUGAAGCAUUAGCCUCCUCUCCAUCUUCUGUUCCUAAGUUUGUGUGUUUGUCGGGUCAGUGGUUGUUGUGUGUGUAGAUACAACGUUGUUUACCUCUGCUGAGUGCAGGGUUGGUAGACAACCCAAUUGUGCUAUAGUGUAAAGUUUGUUUUUGUUAUGCUCAAGAUCAUUAUGUAUUGUUUCAUAUUUAUUAUUGGGGACUGAGCAAUGUAUAGCAGUUGUAUAUAGCUUAUUGUGACGCUUACCUUACGCAACCCACUAGACAGGCACAUGCUUAGUUUUAAAUCUAUGUAAAUUGUACAGUGUCCAUCACAUAUUUCAUAGAGGUGAACUUUCAGAAUGAUCAGUGAUAGAAGGGGCAAAUAUAUGUAGUCAUGACACUGAUGAUAUCUAAAUUGGACAAAAAUGAAACAAUUUGGAUUUUAAAAAAUAUGCUACUUUAAAGAAGCUAAAGAACACCCAAUUCUUCAUAUUACAUGUUUCAUGGCAUGACAGAAUAACAAGUAAUAUUAAUGAAUUAGGUGUUCUUUAACUUCUUUGGAGUAGUAUAUCUGUGUACCCAAGAUGCUUCUAUUGAAUUAGAUAUUUUACCUUUAUCACGAUGAACAUGCUGCUUAGAAGGUUAUAAUGAUCUCUGACGCUUUAGUAUUUAUUGUCGUUACUUUCGUCAGUCAACUUUUCAUGUAUAUUUUUGUUAAAAGGACAUCCAGUAAUCUUUACUGGAAACAAAUUCACAAGGUGUUUGUUUAAGGGGCACCUGUGAGGGCACUUAUUCUACAGUCACCCAGGACGAGUGAUCAUGCCAGUGUGCAGGAUCACAAGCCCACUUGGAAAUUGUUAAAUGCCAGUUCUUCCCACUGGAAGAUGACAUGAAGUCUGAAAUAUAUAAACGUGAGGGGGCACAGGGUGUCCAAUCAUCUGAGGUGCUGCAAUUCACUGUGCAGAGUUAUGUCCUUUGAACACGCCAGAAAGCUAUGAUUGUGGUUUCGAAUCCAGGUUCGCCCCUUUUAUGAUUCUAGGUUUGUCAGCACCAUACCUGUGCUCGUGGGCUUCACCAAAGUGGUAAACGUCUGAGACCUGCAUCACUUUGGGCUUUCCUCCCACAUAAAGCUGUCACAUGGUGAUAAAACUGGAUACUGUUUAAAUCGGCAUUAAACCCAAUUCACUCAGUUUAAUCUUUAAUACAUAAUCAUUGUCAUGGCAUACCAGUGACAGAAAAGCUGUUUGUUAUUUGGGUGUUCAUGUUCAUGUUGCCCCUACACUUGGCAGUCCUAAGGUGAACUGUUUGAUAAUGUUAUCAGGUAGAGUUUCACAAAGUGGUAGUUGUGAUUAAUGGAUAUUACUAUGUACUCUUGCUCUUGUAGCCAUUCGAAGUAUGAGAGGCCCAGUAAUCUUAGGCUGUCAUUUGUUGUGACGACUUGUGCCCAUUAGCCAUUUUAAAUUCCAUCUCAGUAACGAUCCUUGAUUGUGAUGCUUGGUUUGUCAGCUCCAUAGCCACUCCUUGGUUUCAUCAAAGUGUUGAAUGUCUACAACCUGUAUCACUUUGGGCUCUCCUCCACGUUAAGCUGACAUUGAUAUGAGUGAAAUAACUGGUCGGCUUCAAGCCUAAUUCACCACUCACUGACAGUUGUUCCAUUAUUUCUGGAAACCACAUCCCAAACUUCCCCCAAAUACCACCAAUCUGUUUAUAAUGUCAGUGUUGCUAGGAUCAGUUUGUGUGACGAUGACAUUGUGGUCCAUGUUGAUGCAGAUGGAGCUUCAUAUUGAAAACACCACCAUCAGGCCCAGGAAGCCUGUGUUGCUCACAAAUUAGCAUCAUGGGUUUCUUGCAGGUAUCAAUCUGUAGCACUGGAGGUGUAUAGCACAGCUUAAUACUGAUGAUUUCAUUUCCAAAUGCGUCACGUUCUGGUCAUGAAACACUAUCUAUCCAAAUUGUUUUGAUCUUAUUAUUCAUGUUACUCAUGUAUUAACUUCUGUUGGUAGUAGUGAAGUAUUUGUCACCUACAGAUAAUGCAAGCCUCAGUUGUGAGGAUGAGGCUAGGUGAGAGUUGUUUCCCUUUAUUUUGUUACUGUAGACCUCUGCACAUUGUUUGAAUCUUGCAUUUGAGAAGUAAUUAUGUAAUCUCUUGUGAUAUGAAUACUUGUGUCUGCUAACAUAGUACAGUCAAUUACUUCUUCUUUCUAUAGUCAUGUGUUCACCUGAGUAUGUACUUGCAGUCCUUCAAUAACCCAGUUUCAUAACAGUGAGAUUAAAUGUCAAUUCUGAUGUACAAAACAUUUCAAAAAUAAAUCAUAGCAAAAUAUCAAUUUAACUGUGGUAUCAUGAAUAUAUUUGUUAUGGUUAUUAUAAACAAUGAAAUAAUUUAUAAGAUGUUGUAGGAAUCUGUACUAGUAAGGUUUGUUUUACAGUGUUAAGUGGUGAUGUUUUCCAAACAACUACUUUUCUAGUCUGGUUGCAUCACAAGAUGUUUUAAUAAUCACGGUUUACGGUAAUGGUUGAAAUUACUAUUUUAUGCAUAUUGUGCAUAUAUCUUGCAUAUGUCCUAGUUAAGUUAUUAAGUGAUGGGUGAUACCAGAGAGGAAGAUUGCUUUUGUGAUGUGAUUAGAAAAUUCUAUUUUUGAUCAACAUUGAGAAAUGAGAUUGUAAGACGUAAACUGUUGUUGCUUCAAGAUACAAUACAAACAAAGAACAUGAAAUCAGAGUGACAAGGCCGGUUGAUACAUUGUAACAAUAACUUUGUCAUAUUAAGGCAAAAAUGCCAAAACUAUCUUUUAUUUCACCCAAAAUAUUUUUAAUGUUUUAAAUCCUUUAUGAUAAUUCCAUCAGAUAUUAUUAACAAUGUAACAGGUUAUUGUCACAAUCCUCCAGCAAAGCUACCUGUUACAGUGAAUUUUUGACAUAGUUAUCCCUGAGUAAUUAAAGCAUUAAGUUCAUCUGUUCAACGGCCUUGUUCACAAAAUGGUGUAUAAUGUGGAAGAUGUCAUUGGCACUGUAGGUAAAAAACAGCCUCCCUCGAAUCUGAAGAGGACAAUAUGCACUGGUUGUCAAUUCCAAUGUGAUAUUCUUGUACUUCUGCUGUGUUGUGUAAAUUCUCUUUCAUGCAAUAGUAGGUAGCACUCGAUAAUUGGGCAUAUGAAAGACAUAAUAUAAACUACAAGUAAUAAAGAGAUGAUGUAUAUAAAGUGA